GCUGCCUAUAGUCAUCACUAUUGCAUAAAAAGCCAGGCUUGUUGAAGAACGAGCAUCAGUCGACAAGUUGAUUCCGUACAGUGAAUAGACACAGCUAGCAAUCGCUUUCGACCUACACGUAGCUUCCAGUUAACUAACAACCAAGUCCUUGUUUUAGCAACUUAGAUUGUACCAUGGCGAUUUUUGAAAACGCGGCGAUAGCUUUGUUAUUGACGGUGUCGAUGGUUGCAGCCAAUCAACCAGAGUUCCUGUCUCAGAGUCCUCAACCUUAUCGGUCGUUUACUGACCGUCAGGACAAGUUCAACGGCAACUACAAUGAGGCUAUGGACAAUUUGAACGCUGGCAACACUAAGCGACUCCGCGCUGGGUCGUCACCGUCUGUCGUGGGCUCUAAUAGCGAGAGUUUCUCCACCGGUUAUCGUAGUCAGUUUGGUAACAACAACGCCCGUCAACAACCCACGUCUACCAGCCGACAGUACGAAGUUCCCGAUUACGAUCAGACCGUCAAUCGUAACGGCGAUUCCACAUAUUAUAGUGAGACAAAUCCUAGCAGUUUCGUUCAAUCACCGGCCAGUCGCAAAACCUUCGCGGCCGGCAAGUCCAGUAAUUUAGCUAUGGUGGUCUCUCCAUUGGCCGGUAUUGCCUUUGUUGCCGCUGCGGCUGCGGUGGCCAUCAGCCCGGUCUACCUGACUUUAACUUCAUCCAUCCUCUCCGGUCGUAAGAAGCGCGAUCUCUCCUCAAUGAUUGAUCCUUCCAUGGCCGACAAAAUCACACCCGAAAUGAUGCAAAAAAUUCAAGAGCUUCAGACCCUGGAGAAAUUUCUGGCUUCCAUUCCGAAAGAGACUGAUUACCAGCAACAGAUUAUGUCCAUGUAUCUAUCUUGCUCCGGCUACACGCGGGAAGGCAACGUUUGCCUCGAUCGUAUUUUCUGCGAGUACGGCAAUGCCAAUUCAAACAUUUCCGAUGAGGAACGCGACGUCUUAUCCAUCGUGUUGUACAACAUCAUGUCCAACACAUUUAUCCCGGUCGAGUACAAGCAACGUCUCAGAUCCGCCGCUCGUAUUGGCCGCGAUUUCCAGCAGUGCAACAGAUACGACUGCCCCGCUCUGAGCGAGUCCUCCUCUAGAUUCUAAAAAUAGAAUAUCGGACCUUUUUUUUACAGCUCUUUGUUUUUGGCGAUCCCGAAUCCCGCAAUUUUCAAUAAUAAUAAUUUAAAAGCUAAAUCUACUCAAAACGAAUCAAACAAUUCCACUUUGAACUACUAAUUAAUUAAUUUUUUUUUUCCUUUAAUACGUAUGGUGUUCUAUCAUUUAAGUUUAAUACACCCGUUUAUUCGUUAA